AUGAAAUUUUCGCAUUCGUUGCAGUUCAAUUCUGUUCCUGAAUGGUCUACCAAAUAUCUGGCGUACUCACAGUUGAAAAAACUGAUAUAUUCCUUGCAAAAGGAUAAGCUGUACAGUAGCAACAAGCACCAUGUUGUGCAGCCUCCAGACGCCAAUGACGAAAGUCUGCCGCUCCUGUCAGACGCUUCUCCGGACGACCAAUUUUACAUCUCCAAGUUCGUGGCGGCCUUAAAUCAAGAACUGAAAAAAAUCGAUAAGUUCUAUAUAUCCCAAGAAACAGGCCUUAUCGCCAACUACAACGAAUUGAAGGAUGAUGUCGCGGAACUGGAAAACACCAACAAGGCCAGUCAACUGUUCAAUCAGCAGCAGCAGCAGCAGCAGCAGCAGCAGAGUGGGGCAAGAAACAGAAAGUCCAAGUCACAGCAGCGCCAAAGAAGGUUUAGUAGCGUCUCCUCCACCGACUCGAACCCCUCUUUGACGGACAUGUCCAUCGAUUCCGCGCCCGUCAUCCACACUCAAGUCUCGAACACGAACAACGGGGGUUCGAUACAAAACUUGGCCUCCACCUCAUUGUCCCUUUCCAACACCAACUCGAUGUACCUGUCUCCCUUCACCCAGCAUAGGUUGUCCCUGAAAAAGAGAUUGAUAUCCGUUUACACCCAGUUAUCCGAGCUGAAGGACUUCAUCGAGUUGAAUCAGACCGGGUUCUCCAAGAUCUGCAAGAAAUUCGACAAGUCUUUGAACACCAACUUGAAGCAGAACUACUUGAACUACAUCAAGUUCCACUCGCAUGUCUUCAAUCCUGCUACUAUAAACAGAAUCCAGCACCACAUCACCGAGACUAUUCUCACGUAUGCCAGCUUGAACAAGGGUACCCGCCGACCAUCCAACACCUUUAACUUGGACGCUGACCGCAUCAACAGCAACGGAUACAACAGCAGCGACGAGGAAGAUGUAGAUGGCAACAGGCAGGAAGUCCUCGAGUUCCAGGACGCUGAACGUGAACUGUCCUCCCAUUUGAGAGAUCAUGUCGUUUGGGAAAGAAACACCGUUUGGAAGGAUAUGAUGAAUUUGGAAAGAAAGUACCAGUCUGCCAAGACCGACAACAAGAAAUUCUUGAAGUUAAGUUCCAGCCAAUUGCGUCCCAGUGCCAGUAUCUCCGAAUCUAUGGCGAUGUCAGGCGGAGACGCCCGUAUCAUUGCUCCAUCGUCGGACUCUUUGACUUUCCGUGAGCUCAUGCAUUUACCACCCAGGCAAUGGGUCCAGUUCAUCAUAAACCAGACCUCGUUCCUAAAAUUUGUAUUGAUCACCUGCUGCUUCAUCGCGCUAUUAACUUUCAACUUGACUCCGUUCGCCAAGGAUUCUUUACAGAAAAACUGUUUCGCCAUCUUGAUCUAUGCAUCUUUGCUGUGGGCCACUGAGACAAUCCCUCUUUUCGUGACCUCUCUAAUGAUUCCCCUGCUUAUUGUCGUGUUCCCCGUCAUCAAGGACCCGGUCACCUCCCAGCCUAUGUCCCCUCGUGAUUCCUCCCAGUUUAUACUAUCGACAAUGUGGUCCAGUGUCAUCAUGCUUUUGCUAGGCGGGUUCACUUUGGCUGCUGCCCUUUCCAAAUACAACAUCGCCAAAGUGCUUUCCACGCACAUCUUGGCUUCCGCCGGUACAAACCCGCAUUUCAUUCUCUUAACGAAUAUGUUCGUAGCGCUCUUUGUCUCCAUGUGGGUCUCCAAUGUGGCUGCGCCCGUCCUUUGUUAUUCCAUCGUUCAACCUUUGCUAAGAACGCUACCAAGGAAUUGCUCCUACGCCAAGGCUCUGAUUUUAGGGAUUGCUCUCGCCUCCAAUAUCGGUGGUAUGUCUUCUCCCAUUGCUUCUCCUCAAAAUAUUAUCUCCAUCGGUAUAAUGGACCCUUCGCCAUCCUGGGCGGAGUGGUUCAUGAUCGCCCUGCCUGUGUGCUUCAUUUGUCUCAUGGCGACCUGGGUUCUGUUGAUUAUAACUUUCCCUCCUGAACCAAACGUGAAAAUCUUACAAUUGCAUCCAUCACGCGACCCGUUCACUUUGAAACAAUGGUUUGUCACUUUAGUGUGUAUCACCACAAUUGUUCUUUGGUGUCUCUCCAACCAAAUCUCCGGUAUUUUUGGUGAAAUGGGCAUAAUUUCAAUCAUACCCAUCGUAGUCUUCUUCGGUACAGGGCUGUUAACCUCAGACGAUUUCAACAACUUCAUGUGGACGAUCGUUGUUUUGGCCAUGGGGGGUACCACCUUAGGGAAAGCGGUGAGCUCAUCUGGCUUAUUGGCCACAAUGGCAGAACUAAUUAAGGCGCAAAUUGAGCAUGAACCAAUCUUUAUCAUUGUGUUGAUCUUUGGUCUCGUGAUCCUUGUAAUGGCAACUUUUGUCUCCCAUACCGUCGCUGCGAUGAUCAUAGUCCCAUUAAUGAGUGAAAUUGGUUCCAACCUACCCUCAGGUGACCAUUCCAGAUUAUUGAUUGUUAUAGCCGCGCUAUUAUGUUCCAGUGCGAUGGGUCUCCCAACUUCUGGUUUCCCCAAUGUUACUGCCAUUUCAAUGAUUGAUGAAGUCGGUGAUAGGUAUUUGACCGUGGGCACAUUUAUUACAAGGGGUGUUCCAGCAAGUUUAUUGAGUUAUGCCACCAUUGUUACAGUAGGCUAUGGCCUAUUAAAGCUAAUGGCGUUCUAG